ACUCGGGGCCAUGGACGCUCCCGGCCGCGUCGUCCGCGCCCACUUCGCCGACGCUGUCGACGCCACCGACUCCGACUCCGACUCCGACGACCGCCGCCGCCGCAGCGUCCGGGUAAUCGACCUGCUUCCGCCCUCCGCAAGGGCUGCGCCCCAAAGGAAGAAGCUUGUACACUACCCCAGCAACGAUCGGCCGGGUGGGGAGCGGCAGGGCCAGGGGAGGGGCCGCCGCCAGUUCCGCGGCGUGCGCCACCGGCCGUGGGGGAAGUUCGCGGCGGAGAUCCGCGACCCCAACGUAGGCAAGCGCGUCUGGCUCGGCACCUUCGACACCGCCGAGGAGGCCGCCGCUGUCUACGACGCCGCCGCGAUCCGCCUUCGCGGCCGCCGGGCAGUCACCAACUUCCCCCUACCUUCGUCUUCCGCGACGCUGUCCUCCUGCGCCGUCUCGCCCGCGCCGUCGCCGAUGAGCUCGACUACAAUCACUCCCACUACUCCUCUGGUGGGUUCCUCUGAGGCGGAGAGCUCCUCGGCCUCUCCUCCGUCCACCCAAUCGUCGUCGGUGGUCGAUGCGGACGAGGACGUGACGAGGAUGCGGUGGUGUGAGGACGAGCCGUUCGAAUCGAUAGAGUUCUACUUGCCGCCGGUGCCGACGGGUGGCCAAUGUGAGUUCGGCGACCUCGGUGAUCUUGACGACCUCUUCUCGCCGGAGCCGGAGCCGGCGAGCCGUAAUUUUCCCGGGGGAAAUUUUCGUCUUUAGUUUGGUCGACUACAAAUCAAAAGAUGAGAGGAGUAUGCAAAACUUGUGACAUAGUAAUCUUGUUUUGUUUUGUUUGUUUAAGGAGGUUGGGAGCCAAAUCAAUUUUGGUGAAAAUGUCAUCAAACGAGUCGUGCCUUGCUGUGUUGGG